GGGGGCGGGCCAGGGUGAGAGCUCACGGGGGAGGAGCUCACCGCCGCGCCAGCCGCCAGGGCUCCGCCCCCGUUCCCUGGGCGAUGGGGACGCCGACCCGCGGGCAGCAUGGAGGAGUUAGGGAAGGAAGAAGAACAAGAUCAGGAUGCCACAGGUGGAAAGAAGGUUAUUAGUCGGACAUUUCUUUCUCUUUCCCAAAUUACUGCUUUGUCAGAACAAAAUGAGGAAGAAGUUCAAAAAAACCUGAAAGAAUUUCUGAAUUUUAAACAUUUAAAUACAUCUUUGAAAGAAGCUAUUUUGCUAGAUUAUUAUACUGCGGGUUUUUGGUGGGCUAAAGAAAUGAACUUCAGCCUUAUACAGCUGUCAGGAUUCAUGGAUCUGUUAAAUUUCCUGUUGGAGAACCUCAGUGACAAACAUAUGAGCUUAGGAGACAACUUAAAAGAACUUGGAAGAGCAAUGGCUGGAACAGGAGAAACUAAUACAGAAAGCAGUGGUGACUUGAAUUUCUUCAGCAUCGAGCAAGCCAAAGCAGUCAUUGAUUAUUUGAAUAUCAGCUUAUUUAAACACUAUAAACUGUAUGAAUACCUCUUCCAUAGUCCGAGAGAAGAACUUGUGACAAGUAAUGAGUCUGCGAUUGAACUUGCUGAACCUGCAGAUCCUCCCUUCCCUGCUCUGCUGGAAGAAGGCAUACCUUCGGGUAUCUAUUCAUCAUUCAUAACAUCCCUAACAGCUGCAGAGACAGGAUCUAAGGGUUCUGAUCAAGAGGAAUCUGAUCAAGGGGAAGAGCUCUGUCCAGAGGCAGAUUCCUUUGAGGUAGAUUCUGUGGCUGCUGUCACAGCCGAAGAUCAGAAGUCCGCAGAGUACGAAAUCCCAAAUGAAAUUAUUGGCAACCUUGAGGCAGACAUAAAUGAAAAGCUGCAAAUGCAAGAAGUAGCUUAUACUUCGAGUGCAGAAAAAUUAAAAAGUCCUGAAUAGCCAGAUAAGAAAGGUGAUGUUGAAUUUCACAGAAUUGGACAGUAGGGGAUGGCACGCACAGGAGACUGGCCCCCUGCUGGAACGUAAUUAUUUUUGUAUAAAGGAAAAUGUCUCUGUUAACAUUUACCUAGAAAUAGUUCAUCCCAGAUCCUCAGAUUUACUGUGUUCUGCCAGUGGUGUUGUUUAGUUUAGAAUUAAGUAGAAGAUUCUAAACAGAAGGAUGCAUAAUUAAAACAUGUUGAAGUUCAGUUUGUAUCUGAGAAGAAAUCCUAAUUUAAAAGGAAAAAAAAAAUACUGUAGUUUCGUUCUCUUUCCUUUUUCCAGUUGUGAAAUAUAACUUUUUCUGCUUUACACCUAUGUUUUUCAUGAAACCUUGCUAGAAUAAGAAUACAUAGGGAGAAAAUCUCAUUUUGAGGCACUGCAGUUAUAAUGAGUUAAUUUAGUUAACAUAUAAUUACACUUUUCACUCUAGUUAUUCAUUAAUAAUAUGUAUGUUAUUCCAUUUUAAAUUGCUUCUUAAGCUUUAAAACUAAUUUAAUAUCUUUCACAUCUUGUAUUUCCACUAUAUUAAAAUUGCAUAAAUGAA